CUGGGUUUUGAUUGGUCCGUUGGGGCUACGCGGGUGAAGUCAUUAUCUCACGCGUUGACGGCCGAAAGCCUCCGUUUUAUGAACUUCUAGUGUCGAGAAGAAAAGCCACGCUGGGGAAAAGGAACCGUUUGCCAGUGAGGAGAGUGACCUAAUAGAGUUUGGCGCUGCUUCAAGAAGCCUCCUGGAAUAAGAAAGACUCGAUAAAUAAGCUUGUAAGCUGGGGAGUAUUUUUCUGUGCGAGGAUUGGCGUGAAGCUUCAAAGAUCUCACUCCGAGCCAGUGAAACAGUCUGUUCAACUCCAGAGUACCCCAAGAAGCGCCGCAGUUGUUUACAGAAGUCGGAUAUCCCAGAAGUCUCACAGAAAGGUCAACGGGGAGCAACUUCGACGCUUGUUGCAUUCGAAGCUUUUUGUGGCCAGAGUAAAGGAACUGGGCCAAGUAUUUUACUGAGAGAAGCUCUCCAGAGGGACAAUGAGCGGAGGAGGAGAGCUGCCGGGAGUGGUCCGGGCCAGGUACGAGGACGUCUGUGCCGAGCUGAACAUGGACGAGGAGACGGCCGAGAAGGCCUGGAGCUCCUACAAAAACAUCAACAACGACUACGUGCUGGAGGGAGACCAUAUUGAGUGGUUGGGCUGUGCGCUGUACGUGGCUGGUCAGUUGUCCACCAUGGAGACUGUAGAGGGAGUCCAAGCAACUGGGAAUAACGUUUCCCUGACCCACAUUCUGAGGAGCACCAAGCUAAGUCUGAUAGAGUUUUUCAAGAAGAUGAAGAAGUGGCAGGAGAUGACUAAACUGCUGCACGACUUCCAGAAGAAGAUCGACACUCUGGAGCGCAAGUUUGAAGUUGCGUCCAUCAUCUUCUCCAAGUACCACCGAGUGUUCCACGACCUGUUCUCCCCCCUCGAUGAGAAACCUACCGCCGCCAGCCGUCGCGGAGGACGGAAAAAACAUGGGAACAAACCUUGCUCCACUGCAGAGCUAUUCAAGUUUGGGUGGACACUCUACAUCCACAUCAAAGGGCAGUACCCUCAAAUCAACGACGAUCUCGUCAACUCCCAUCACCUUCUCCUCUGCUGCAUGGACAUGCUGUUCUGUGCAGCGGUGGCUGGGAAAAGACGAGAUCUACUGAACCCCGACUGCCCUCUCCUCCCUCAAGACUUUGCCUCCCCCAACUUUGUCACCUCCGAUGACAAGAUGUGUGUCUUGACCGAACUCUCUGAACAAUACGGAGCAAUAGAGAAGGAGUGUCGUGUGAUACGAGACUUCUACUGGAGAGGACCAAUGAAAAGGAUGUUUGAGAAGAAGGAACUCUCAGGGUUGCAGGCUGGAAAUCUGAAACACAGCGUCACCAUUGAUUCUGCCUUUGUCAACAUGAUCAGUUAUGCCAACUUCCACAGCAACCAGAGGGCUCUGGACAGGGAGUAUGAGAUUAACAUGCUGGCAAACGGUGAUUUCGAUGAGAGAAUGUUCCUCCAUCCCAACGCCAGCGAGGAGAUCGGGACUCCGUCUCGCCUCAACACCACUCUCUCUGCCCGACUCAUGAUGACUCAGACUCCGCCACACCACGUGCAGUACCGUACUCCACUGCUAGGGAGAGAGUAUCUCACUACUGCCAGUAACAGUAUGACGCCAGUGUCGGAUGCCACUCACUCGGUCACCCAGCUCCACCUCCUGUUGGAGAACAAACCUCCCUCGCCGGCUGAGGACCUCUGCCGGAUGUGUGGUUCCUGCACGGCCAACCCUCUCCCCGACAUCGAGAGACGAGUGGCCAGCUUGGGAGAGGCUUUCCUCAGAUGCUCUCCACAGGAGACGGAGACAACUCCAGACAGUUUCACGAAACUCCGCCUCCACCUGGCCACCUCUCUCUACUACAAGCUCCUCCUGGGAGUGGUGCGGGACGAGGCCGAGGUCAAGAAGGUGAACGUGACCACACUCCAGAUCAUGCUGGAACACGAGCUGUUCCACAAGGCUCUGUUUGCUCUCAGCACCGAGAUUGUCCUCUUCUCUUACAACUCACACAGCAGGGUGUUCCCCUGGGUUCUGGGGGUGUUUGAAGUGAGCGCCUAUCAUUUCUACAAGGUGAUUGAGGUGGCCAUAAAGGUGGAGACCAAUUUACCUCGCAGCAUUAUCAAACACCUCAACAGGGUGGAGGAGAAUGUACUGGACUACCUGGCCUGGACCUCCGACUCUCCCCUCUACGAUGCCAUCGAGGCUGCUGGCUCCGCCUCCUCCUAUGAGGACGUGGCUCUUCCCCCGCCCACUGCAGGGGGCAUGGCCACACCCCUCGUACACCACACCCACUCCAGAGUGGCUUCGUCUCUCGCAGGGCUCAGGGGUGAGGCAUCUCCCAUAGCUACCUUUCUCCGAGAGCAGCUGGUCUCACCAAGCUCUGCCCGGCGCCAACUAUUCUCCCCCUCCUCCACCACCUCCUCCAAGAAGACCCCAGGGAAGCUAGGCAGUGGUACACCGACUAGACCCAUCCCCAUUGCUCCCAAGCCUGCAGUAGGCUCCUCGGGAGGGACCAGCGGUGGAGUGGGAGGAGGGACGGUGACAGUCACUCUACUCAGGGACUAUCUCCAGCAGCAGCAUAGUAGCAUCAGUCAGCAGCUCCAGGGGGCAAUUUCGCCAGGGACUUCCCCAUCAUCAGGAGGUAGCCCGGGGAGGUUGGACCCGGCAUCUCCGCUGCGGUUGGCGGUGAGCAUGGCGUCUGCGGGGACCCAGACCUCUCCGUGUCGGCCCCUGUCGUCAAACCUCGUCGGCUCCUCCCAUCACUCUCUCAAUGGCCGGUCUACUGUCUCCUGGCAGAAACCUCUCUGCCAUCGCUCAGGCUGUAAACCUCAGUCUGUCAUCUGGAGGGAAGCCAGCCCCGACUGGAUUAGUCCCGGCAUCUCGCUGCCCUCAAUCUUCAUCCCUCUCCUCCUCCUCCAUCCCCCUCUCCCCUCCCAUCCCCAGUGUCUCCAUCACACCCUCACCAUCCAAGACGCCACGGCAACAACAAGGCUCCGCCCACUCUCACAUCUCCACCCCCUCCACCCUCACCAAAUCCUCGAGCCCCCCUCGUCCCAAGAAAACGGGCUCCUUGGCCCUGUUCUACAGGAAGGUGUAUAUGACAGGUCACCUGAGGAUCAAGGACCUGUGUGAGAGGCUGGACCAGAGCGUCGACUUCCACCAGAAGGUGUGGACGUGUUUUGAUACGCCAUGCUCCAGGCCCCGGACCUGAUGAGGACAGACACCUGGAUCAGAUCAUCAUGUGCUG